GCAAAAUCAAACUAGGUUUCCCACUAUAACUAGAAGCCCUACCUCUCGCGCUUCUCUUCUAUAAAUACUAUCGUAGCACUCCCCAAACCCUUACGUUGCUCUCUGUUAGGGUUUAAGCUGUGUUACUUGCUUCGGCUAUCUUUCUACUUCAGUAGCCUUUCCUGUUCAGAAUGGGUAAGGAGAAGGUUCACAUCAACAUUGUUGUCAUCGGUCAUGUCGACUCCGGCAAGUCGACCACCACUGGUCACCUCAUCUACAAGCUCGGAGGUAUUGACAAGCGUGUUAUCGAGAGAUUCGAGAAGGAAGCUGCUGAGAUGAACAAGCGGUCAUUCAAGUAUGCCUGGGUGUUGGACAAGCUUAAGGCUGAGCGUGAACGUGGUAUCACCAUUGACAUUGCUUUGUGGAAGUUUGAGACUACCAAGUACUACUGCACUGUCAUUGAUGCUCCUGGACAUCGUGAUUUCAUCAAGAACAUGAUCACUGGUACCUCACAGGCUGACUGCGCUGUUCUUAUUAUUGAUUCCACUACUGGUGGCUUUGAAGCUGGUAUAUCAAAGGAUGGUCAAACUCGUGAACAUGCUUUGCUUGCUUUCACUCUUGGUGUCAAGCAAAUGAUCUGCUGCUGCAAUAAGAUGGAUGCUACCACUCCAAAAUAUUCCAAGGCAAGGUAUGAUGAAAUCGUCAAGGAAGUUUCUUCUUAUCUGAAGAAGGUGGGAUACAACCCUGACAAGAUCCCAUUUGUUCCCAUCUCUGGUUUUGAAGGAGACAACAUGAUUGAGAGAUCAACAAACCUCGACUGGUACAAGGGUCCAACCCUCCUCGAUGCUCUUGACAUGAUCUCGGAGCCCAAGAGGCCCACAGACAAGCCACUCCGUCUCCCACUUCAGGAUGUCUACAAGAUUGGUGGUAUUGGAACUGUCCCAGUGGGACGUGUUGAGACUGGUGUUCUCAAGCCUGGUAUGGUUGUGACCUUUGGGCCUACUGGACUGACAACUGAAGUUAAGUCUGUGGAGAUGCACCAUGAAGCUCUUCUGGAGGCCCUGCCUGGUGACAAUGUUGGCUUCAAUGUCAAGAAUGUUGCUGUGAAGGAUCUGAAGCGUGGAUUUGUGGCUUCAAACUCAAAGGACGAUCCUGCCAAGGAGGCUGCUAACUUCACCUCUCAAGUCAUCAUCAUGAACCACCCUGGACAAAUUGGAAACGGUUAUGCCCCUGUUCUUGACUGUCACACCUCCCAUAUUGCUGUCAAGUUUGCUGAACUGGUGACCAAGAUUGACAGGCGAUCUGGCAAGGAGCUUGAGAAGGAACCCAAGUUCUUGAAAAAUGGUGAUGCGGGUUUUGUGAAGAUGAUCCCCUCCAAGCCCAUGGUGGUCGAGACCUUCUCUGAAUACCCACCUCUUGGACGUUUUGCUGUUAGGGACAUGAGGCAGACUGUGGCUGUUGGUGUUAUCAAAAGUGUCGAGAAGAAGGAUCCUACUGGAGCCAAGGUCACCAAGGCUGCAGCAAAGAAGGGUGCCAAGUGAACCAUGCGGGUUUGGAUUACUGUAUAUGGAGUUUACUAUCAUAAAAAUAAAGAGGGUAAAAAAAACUCAGUAUUUGUUAGGCCUGCUAUGGUAGGUCGGUUGUUUGGUUUUGUAUGUUAUAGUUUUCUGCCUUGUUUGUUGGGUAGCCAUUACCAGAACUGGGUGCUUGACAGGCGGUGGCAGAUCCUAUAGCAUGAGUGUCUCAGUUACUUUUGGUUUGAGAAUCUCUGUUAUUGUUUUUAUUCUUGUGUUUAUAGGGUUUUGGUUUGAGAUGCUUCAUGUUUUCUCAAGCAUCUCAAAGAGUUUUGUGCCUGUGUCUUUGCGGAUCAUAUAAAUUAAUUUUCUGGUUUUUGUAAUUUUUUUUUUUUUAGUUUUUUGUUGUUCUCCUUGCAUUUAUGUGAACGCUUUUUUGACUUUGA